AUGAGAACUCUAGUAUUCCUCUCGCAUCCCGAUGGAGGCAGUGAGCCGGAGAAGACGCUCAAGCCAGGCCAGCAGUCCUACGUGACCCUAUUCCGAAACCCCUACAUCCAACCCUAUCCCGUGGUAUAUGGCCUCUCUGGUGUACCCUACAACUUCCAAUACCCGGGACUGGGAUCCUCCCCUUCAUUCUCCAGAGCGCCCUAUAACAUCCCAUCCCUUGCUUUGGGACCCUCCCCUUCAUUCUCCGGAUUUCCCUACAAAACCCCAUCCCAAGGACUGGGAACCUCCUUCUAUGGAGCCCCCUUCGACACCCCAUAUGGUGGACAUGGACAAUCUGGAUUUUUCACUGGAGCGCCCUACAUCUACCCAUACACAGGGCAUGCUUUCCCUUCCUUUCAGGCCUUGCCCGAAGUGGCUGCCGUCGACUCACAAAAGACCCCCGCCACCACGAACACCCUGGACACGGAUAAGAAUGCCCACGGAAGCGACGAGAAAGAUGAAGAAAGAGAAAGGGAUGGCAUGGAAAGGCCAACAAAGGACAACCAAAAGCCCAAAGACCCCACGAAGGACGUGGACCACAUCCUCGGCAACGUUCUACACCAGGACCCCCAAGGGACGCAGGUAGUCACUCACGACAAGGAUGACGGAGGCAUGAAACAGCAAGUUUUCAUCCUCGAGGGCAAAGACACGGAUGAUGGAAAAGAUGACCACGAAAAAGACGAGGAUGAUGGAAAAGAUGACCACGAAAAAGACGAGGAUGAUGGAAAAGAUGACCACGAAAAAGACGAGGAUGAUGGAAAAGAUGACCGCGAAAAAGACAAGGAUGACAAAAAAGGCAAGGAAAAAGACAAGGAUGACAAAAAAGGCAUGAAAGAAGACAAGGAUGACAAAAAAGGUGAUGAAGAAGACGAAGACGAUGACGACAAACACCACAGUGGUAUCAACGAUGAUGAGAUCAUAGAUAUGGUUUUUCAACAUUUCGUUGGGAACAAGGAUAAGGACCCGUCUAUCUUCGGCAAGACCCCUGAGAACGCGAACGUCCGCAGCUUAUGGCGGUACGUGAUCGACUGGGCAGUGAGUGAGGAGGCUUCCCGCCUGUUCAUGGGUCACGUGGAGCUGCGGUCCGCGAGCCUUGGAUGGACCAUCGGGUACUACUACUGGCUCCGACCCGACAAGCACCUCCAACAGGUAUACUAUUCGCAGAAAGACGGAGAGGCGGAAUCCACCUCUAACACACAGGUCUGGUACAAUUACUGCCCUGGGCGUUGGAAAAAGUGCUGAAGGGAAUCUCCACAACCGACCGUGUGCCCAUGGAUCUGCGGCAUCAGCCAUGGUAUCCCAGUGCAAAAAAAAAAAAAAAAUCACUGCAUCGCCUUAAAAAAGUUGUUUCAUACCCGAAAUCCGGGUGCCGAAAGAGUGCUGUGUUAGUUGCUUUGUCUUUCCGCUGCAAUUCUGCUUUACAUGUGGGGGGAAUCCUUUGGUGGGAAAAUACAUGUGUGGUUCAAUG